AUGGGCAGGGUUGCAGGGUUGCGCUGGGGCAGGGUUGACAAAAAUGAUCUCAGUGGCCUUUCUCGUGUCAGUGGAACAGAACACAACCAAAUCUGCCGCUUUUUGCUCGGUAUCAUCAUUGAUAUCCGAUUGCCUGGAAAUCUUGACAGUGGUCGCCUUAUUUGUGCUGUUCGUGCCAUCCUCGACUUCCUUUACCUCGCUCAGUACCCUUGCCACACCGAUCAAACUCUCGCGCUUCUCACUGAAGCCCUGACUCGCUUUCAUGACAACAAAAGCAUCUUUGUCGAUCUCGGCAUUCGAGCGAAUUUCAACCUUCCAAAACUCCAUUUCUUCCGUCAUUAUGUGCAUAUGAUCAAACUAUAUGGCACGACUGACAACUACAACACCGAGUACACCAAACGCUUACAUAUUGAUCUCGCAAAGGAUGCUUACAGAGCUACUAACCAUAAAGACGAAUAUACGCAAAUGACACUCUGGCUUGAAAGACGCGAGAAGAUGUUAUGGCACAAUAAUUUUGUCCAAUGGCGCCUUGCUGGCGAUCCUCCUCCACAAGACAGGUUACCGCCCGACAUGGACUAUCGUCGCUCGAUCAAGAUGACGAAACACCCAACUAUUAGACGUGUUCCAUUGGAUAGUGUAGUUCGCGACUAUGGCGCCACUUUUUUCACCGAAGCAUUAGCUCGUUAUGUCGUUCGCACAAAUCAACCUGGCCUUUCUCCAGCGCAACUUGAACAAGAAGCUUCCCAUGUCAUCCUUCCCUUCCAGACUGUUGCCGCUGUAGAAACAACAAUACAAUGA